UAAUGCAAUUUAGAGGAAAUGCGUAGGAUGGCACAAGCAUAGGGGCGCAAGUUGCAAACAGGAUCAUGGCUGGAUUUGUUGUUUAAAUCAUAUGGCCCUAAAGAGGAACGGCUUAAGGCCACGUCGGUUGCUAAUAUUUCCAUUUAUUCUUUUCGCCGGUGUGACAAUAUGGAUAACCUUUCACUUAAAACCUGAGGAUUUGAUGUUACCCACAGGAGCAAUGAGUGACCAAACACUUGACUAUUUUCUGAAGAAGGGUCAAAUAGUGGAGAAGGAUGCGGCGGUAAUCCAGUGGUAUCAUGCAGCCAACAGCAGGUCCAAGAUCAACGAGGCACUUAAAAGCUCGGCCCACAUGAUUGAAGCUGACAUCCUUCUCAGAGGGUGCGAUCCCAUAGAGCCAAUCAUGGCCCACCCCCCUCAGAAUGACAGUGACAUCACACUACGAGAGUGGUUAAAGGAGGUGAUGCCUUCAGGCAAAGGAAUAAAACUUGACUUCAAAAGUUUACAGGCUGUUGCGCCCUCUAUGGUUCUUUUGGAACAAGUCCGCCAUGAGCUCCAAGCUCCUGUGUGGAUCAAUGCUGAUAUUCUUGCGGGUCCCGGGGGCAAAGCUACCCCGCUGGAACCUCAGGCCUUCCUGGAUGCUGUCCAUGUUGCUGCACGCAAUGCCGUCUUCUCUCUGGGCUGGACAACCGGAUGGAGCCCAAACACUGAUAACCCAGGGUAUAGCUGGGAGAUGGUGCAGCAAAUGGAAACUGUGUGCAAACCCCUGGUAGAGCCUGUCACCUUUCCUGUUCGCGCUUCUCUUAUGUCCCAGUCCUUUGCACAACUGCGGUGGCUCCUGCAACAAUCUGACAGGUACAGUCUGACGGUGUGGACGAGUCUGAGUGACACGUUCAUUGUGGAGGACCUGUUGCCGUACAGGCAGAACAUCAGCAAAAGCAGAAUCUAUUACGACCUCUCAGACUCACAGAUGGCACAGUUUAAGGUGCUGCCAGGGUUUUCUUAAGACAUCAUUUAUGCAUAAUUAUGUAUGCAUCAUAGGACAUUGAAACAGCGCUAGCAGAAUGGGCUGAUUAUGCUUUGGUGCCAGUAUGUCUGUGCCCAACAAUACUAUAAAGGUUUCUAAUUUGUGAUGUCUUUCAGGCUCUGAAUGAAUUGGUGAAGGGCAACACAAUAUCUUUUUUGAAAGCAGCUUUAUCUAACGCUUUUCAUUGUGAUGAAAAGUAGAUUCGAUUUUAUUUUCAUAUCAACAAUGUAAUGAAUCAUGUCAAAUGUGAAACAUGCACACACUAAAAACAAACAAACAUCUAAACCUGGACUGCUUGGUCCUUUUUUAAAAAUUCAGUCCUUUGUUUAACUGACACAGGCUAUGUGGUCAAUGGGUUUGAGCGUUGUUGUAAUAUCCUACUCUUUUGUAUUAACUGCACUAUAUGUCUUAUAUUAAAAUAACUUGUGAAAUAUCAA